AUGAUUCGAGCAGCUUUGAGCGCUACCAAGUCGACCAUCUCGUCCAACACGAGCGCCAUCAGCUGCCUGCAGCAGCACGACCAGAGCAAGGCGGCUGCGGCGAGGCCGAUGACACUCACGCUCGGAGAGCCGCGGGAGAAGGACGGCCACCACCAGCAGCUCAACAGCGCCAUGCAGCUCCACCACCACCAUCAGGAGCAGCAGCACUUCAUCACCUCGCUGCUGCACCAGAACAACAAGGGCAACGGCAACAGCAACAUCCUGUCGUGCUCGUCGGUGUGCUCCAGCGGGUUGCCGUCUGCCGGGGCGGCCAACGGCGAGGUCUCCGACCAGAACAACAACAGCAACCACGGCGGCGGCAACAACAACAAUAACAUGCAUCUCUUUGAGGUGGACUUCAUGUAGACGACCGAUCGACGCAGGUGAGCUUGGAGAUCCCUACAUGGAGUCAUGGAGUGGUGACCAGCCUAAGCCUAGCACUGUACCAACAGUGUCCUUUAAUUAAUUUGUGUGUAGGUAAAAAAAAGGAGAGCAAAAAGACCUUAAGGGUAUAGUCCAUAGUCUCAAAGUGCUGAGAUCAGCUAGCAAAGGU